GUUUGACCACUUCCUUUUACGUUUUCCACCUCCUCUUCUCUACCUGUCUGAACUGGGCGUGUUUGUCUCCUUAGGGAACACUAUUCCCAAUUCGUUCUACUUCACAGGAAAUUCCUCAGAAUAAGCACACCGACCGAAAACCUUGGGACGAGCGAGUAUAAUAUUGUUGGACUUAUGCUGUAACACAUCUCAACAAGCCUCCCUCACAAGACUGAUAACUGUACCCUACAGCUGCUCACUGUGUAGCAGCACAAAGAGCUGAGUGUGUUCAUUAAAUCUUACCCCCUGGCAUCGGUUUUGUACAGUACUAAUUGUCACUAAGAGAAACAGACAUUUCUGCUCACACCAUGAUCACAGCUGCAGAGUAUGGAGAAACAUCAUGGGAGCUGUCUGUGCAAAUUGACCAAAAAUAUGGAGAUGAGUCCAUGAAAUUUAAACUAAGGGUGAAGGGAGACUUGCACGUUGGAGGCCUAAUGCUGAAGUUGGUGGAGAAAAUCAAGGCUCCUCAGGACUGGUCAGACCAUGCGCUGUGGUGGGAGCAAAGGAAAUGUUGGCUGCUCAAGACCCACUGGACUUUGGACAAAUAUGGAAUUCAGGCUGAUGCUGACUUGCGCUACACACCCCAGCACAAACCCUUGUUGCUGCAACUUCCCAACAUGAAAACCAUCAGGAUGACUGUGUGCUUCUCCAGCAUGGUCUUCGGUGCAGUAGGCGAAAUCUGCAAAACACUAAAUAUCAGAAGACCAGAGGAACUGUCCCUGCUCAAGCCUCCAGACGAUCUCUCCAAAAAGAAAAAGAAGAAAGAUAAGAACUCAGCUGAGGAAGACCUCUGGGACAUCGGGGAUUUUCUUAACGGGGUACAAGUAGGAACAGGCCCUGCACACAGCAAGACAAUGACAGCAACCUACGAUCCAGAGAAUGGGAUGCCCAUGUCGUCCACCAGCCUUUGGUUUGGAGAAAACCCCCUUGCUGAGUGUCAGCCAAACCUGCCACCUGCUGAGCUGGCCAAGAUGUACCAGCCGCUGUCAUACGUGGAUAAAGCAAUCAACAAUGCAGGGUGGCUGGACUCAUCUCGUUCUCUCAUGGAACAAGACAUUCAGGAGGAUAGCAAGCUAUUGCUUCGAUUCAAGUACAAUGUCUUCUUUGAUCUCAACCCUAAAUACGAUGCUGUCAGGAUAACCCAGCUGUACGAACAGGCUCGGUGGUCCAUCCUGCUAGAGGAGAUAGACUGCACUGAUGAGGAAAUGCUGAUGUUUGCUUCAUUACAGUAUCACAUUUGCAAACUGACCAUGUCAAAGGAGACACUGGACCACUCCAAUGAACCAGAAGUCGACGAAGUAGAAGCCGCCCUUUUUAACCUGGAGGCAACCCUCGAAAGCGGUCACACAGAAAAAAUUCUGGAAGACAUUACAGACAUUCCAGAGCUGGCAGAUUCCCUCCGGCUGUUUAGACCCAAGAGACUGACCCUGAAGCCCUACAAAGAGUACUGGUUUGUUUUCAAGGACACCACCAUCUCUUACUACAAGAACAAAGACUCCUCCAGUGGAGAGCCAAUAGACCAGUUUCACCUCCGAGGCUGUGAGGUGGUCCCUGAUGUUAACGUUACAGACAAGAAGUUUGGCCUCAAGCUCCUGCUCCCAGUGGCUGACGGCAUGAAUGAAGUGUACAUCCGAUGUGACAAUGAAAACCAGUAUGCCAAGUGGAAAGCUGCAUGCAUCCUCGCCUCCAAAGGCAAGACGAUGGCCUACAGCUCCUACAAAUCAGAAGUAAAGAAGAUCCAGUCCUUUCUGCAAAUGAAGAACAUGGCGCCCCCUCCUGGCCAGGCAGCUCCAGACAUCGAGGCUAUGGAGAUGAACGCUGAAUGUUUUGUCUCACCUCGCUCCGCCAGGAAGCACAAGACCAAGCAGCUAACAGGAAGACUCCUGGAGGCCCAGCAGAACAUAUCAUCGCUGUCCUUAACGGAGGCCAAGAUGCGCUUUAUUCAGGCCUGGCAGUCCCUUCCAGACUUUGGUAUAAAGUACUACAUUGUCAGAUUUAAAGGGAGUAAGAAGGAUGAAAUUCUGGGGAUCUCAUAUAACCGCCUGAUCCGUAUCGACAUGUCCUCUGGCUUACCUGUCACCACAUGGAGGUUUUCCAACAUGAAGCAAUGGAACGUCAACUGGGAGAUAAGACAGGUGUCAAUAGAAUUUGACCAGAAUGUGCUAAUAGCCUUCUGCUGUGUGAGCUGUGACUGCAAAGUGGUCCAUGAGUUCAUCGGUGGUUACAUCUUCCUCUCCACAAGAUCUAAAGACCAGAACGAAACUCUAGACGAAGACAUGUUCCAUAAACUUACAGGAGGCCAAGAAUGACCAAAGACGUAUUAGCUUGUUUCAUCUUGUAUGUUUCAUAUUUGCUUUUGGAUGGAUUACAACGCUGAAGCAGUGUUACACAAACUCUGAGCAAAACACUGCUAAAGAUAAUCAGUUGAAGCAAAGUCACAGAUAGGAAUGAAUAUUUUUACUCUAAGAAAAAUGCCAUAAUCUGUUUUGCCAUUACAUAUACAGAAGAUUAAUGGUUUUGAUGUAAAUAUGUAGUUAAUCUGUUUCUUAAAACUUGGAUAUUUGUAAGAAGUUAGCUUUUGUGGUAGUAAUAGAUGUUACUAGAUGUUAAUAGAUGUCAAAUAAUAAAGAAAAUAAAUACUUAA